CGCUAUUCGACUCCAUUGCCUGCUGCUAUACACUGUGUUUUGUACGACACCUUAUCCCAGCACUCGUUCCAGCUUUAUCUACCUACCAGACGCGUUCUCCUUGUCAUCAAGCACAGCCCAACUGUUGCUUCAAUCAUCUCCACCAACAAUGUUUCCAUCUCUCAGACACGCGCUUCCUAUGCUGGAACCAUUGAAACCUCCUGGCGCGCGCAUGUCGUCGGGAUGGAGACGCGUACUGAUGGCUUGACGCUGACCCUUUGUGUUGACAUAGCCAAUGGAUGACCGAACCUCCUUCGAGCCAUGAACCCUUGGCUUCCCGACCACUCUUCGAACCCGAAUAACAAUGCUGGAUUUGGGGCAACAAUGGACGCUGGCAUGUCUUUCCUGCAGCCUCCCCAGACCAUAAAUCCUGCUCAAUUCCAAAAUCCCGCCUUCCUCAACGGUGCCGGCCGCACUGCCUCACCUGCCUUUCUCAACACAGUAUAUCAAACAAACUCAGUAAUACCCUCAAAAAGAGCAAGAGAUGAUAGCUUAGGGACAUCGCCGCGUCAGGCGCCAGGAGGAUUGCCUAUUUCAAGAUCACAAACUCCCGGGCAAGGUCCUUUUCCUGGGUACAACCCGCAAGCUAAUGGCGCGCCUCCGGUGACGAGUACUCCAACACCUUUUCAACACCUACAUACUUCGUCCAAUGCGACACCUUCGCCCACCAUCCAACAAUUGAAUCAAUUCAACCAACCCGGGGGUAAUCAACGCGUCGCCACAGCGUCGCCUAGUCCCUUUUCGCCGCAACAUGGGCCUCCGCACGCUUCGCCAGCGCCUUCAGACCAUGGCAAUCGAGGCGCAACUCCACAUGACAAUGCCCAGAACUUUGUGCCGAAUGGUGCGUUUCCGCCAGGGUUCAAUCCGGCUCAGUUCAACCCGAACGUGAGCAACGGCAUGUCACAGAUGGGUAUGCACCCCCAGGCCAACAUGCCACAUCAACAACAUCCAGGCGUGACGGCAGCGCAAAGAAAUUACCAGAUGCAACUUCAAGCACAAGCGCGGCAAAUGCAAGCUCAGGCGCAGGCUCGUAAUAUUAAUGGUGUACCGAACAAGCCCGCGCAACCCAUGCCAAAUCAGCAGAUGCCUCAAGGGCCUGGAGCAUUUCAGCCCCCAAAACCAAAUAAUCCAGAAGAAUUCCUUAGAGGACUGCAAGCGUUCAUGGCUUCGCUUGGACGUGCGGUCGACUUGAAUCCUGUGAUAUGUGGAAGACCUCUACAGCUAUUGCGUCUGUAUGCUGCCGUUGUAAAGAAUGGAGGAUCACAAAGGAUCUCGAAGACGAAUCAUUGGGGUGUUGUGGCUCAACAAUUUGGCUUUCCACCGCAACAACAGAUGCAAGCUGCUCAAGAAAUGCAGGGCUACUGGCAUAACAAUCUGGCGCCUUACGAAGCCGCAUGGCAAGUAAAUCAACAGAAACAAAGAAUGGCUGCACAAGCUGCUGUCCAGAAUCAGAACCAAAGUCAGAUGUCACCUCCCCGCGACAUGCCUACUCCUCAAGACCCUCGACAUCAAAGAUCUGUCUCUGCCACAAGCCAGAUUCCUCCUCAGGCGCAGCCCUCUCCAGCCAAUGGCUUUAUUCAGCCGCCGCAUAUGCAAGGACCACAAGACAUGUCAACUAUACCACAACAUCAACCAAACAUGGCUAUGCCUUUUGACCCCCAACAAGUGAAUGGCAUGCAAGCGGAAAUACCAGCUCAGACGCCUCAAAAGCGUCCACAAUCCAGCAUCAAGAAAUCAGCAGACCCUGAAACUGACUAUAGUAAACCUUUGUCUAAACCCAUCGAAGACCCUUUCAAACCAGAAACACUACCGCCAAGUCGAUUCCAUGGUCCGAUAAACGUUGAAGAGAUGGCUGUGAUCGGCCAGCACAUCGCAGAUCUAAAACCAGUCGCACCAACUGUACGAGAAAUGGGAAUCAUCGACAUACAUGCUAUCACCAUGUCAAUCAAGUCCGGGCUACAUGCAGAGACUCGUUUAGCACUCGACACGCUCAUGACUCUGUCAACCGAACCUGCAUUACAACUAUCACUCGUAGAGUGUGAUGAUCUUAUGGAUGCCUUGGUUGACUGUGCUCAAGAUCAGGUCAACUACCUCAGUGAACAUGCCACGGAGGUGUCGGAUGAAAUGCUCCUGCCCUCCUACGAAGAGCUGGUUCGUACUUGUCGAUAUGAAAAUGAGUGUCUACAAGACGCACCCGAGUUUGGCACGGUCCCUUACGAUCUGGAUCGAGCAGCGGACCGCUUGCUAUGUAUUACCACCCUCAUUCGCAACUUCUCCUUCUACGAAGCAAAUUUCACAGUACUCGGUCAGCCUGAAGUCCUCAAAUUGCUCAGCUCCGUCAUUCGAUAUUUGGGAACGACGGAAAUGUUCUUGCGCCACAAUUAUAAUGCCCUGGACUUUAUGAAAGAUGUGGUCAUCUAUCUCAGCAAUCUGUCAACUUCUCUCCAGCUGCCAGGAAAAGAAGAGGCACUGUGCGUGCUUCAUUUCCUGCUGGCAUUCGCACCAGCGCCUGUACCCACGUCAAGCUCUUCAGGAAAGCUGUCCUUCACCAUGUACAGCCCAGCUUUACACAAAUAUACACCCUCCGCCGUUGAUAGCUUGGCGAAAUUGCUAGCCCGCGACGAGCCGAAUCGGACUUAUUAUAGAGCAAUCUUUGCAGCCGAUGCACAUGCAACGCCGCCACAUGAGCUAUUGACGAGGACAUUUGGCUUGGCCAUCUGUCCCAUCCCCGCCAGUUCAAGUCACACGAGAACGAUCAUCGAGGUCAGAAAACCUUUUCUACUCCAAGGAAUGCUCGCGGCCGAAAUACUGGCUACCCUCGUCCCUGGUUCGGACCAUACAUUAGCACGGUCAUGGUUGACUUCCGAAGACGGGUUUGCUGGAAACCUGCUACGACUGGUUGGUUUGCUCAGCGCAGACCGGACUACCCAGACGGCUCCGCGUCAUCAGCAGCAGAACAGUAGAAACAACCCUGAGGUUGACAUCAACGGAUAUGGAGCCAUCUCCAAUCGCGCCCUGGCAGUGUUGAAAAUACUGGUUCAAAAGGCACGAACGGUCGACGCGGAGGGCUCGACGAUUGUCCCGCUGGGCGUUAUGCCGAGAAAGGAAAGCUUGCUUGGUGCAAUGAUACAAAAGGACAUCGAUCCGGGAAUACUGCGACAACUGUGCGUGUAUGCCGGACUAGAGGAAUGAACGAGAUGGCGCGCUCUCCUGGAAUGUAUAUAUCAGAGUGGACCAUCAUGAACAUCGUUGCUGCGCAUAAAAUGCAGGGGCAGGAAAAGGGGCCCUCACGCGAUACCCAGUGUGGUUUAUGUCAUUGGUGAAUCAUGAGAACCGUUGAGCGUAAAGAGCGAGCUUGGUUUCCACGUUUGGGUACAUGGCAGCCUUUUGCGCCUACGAUGAAAAGGAGGAGAAGUAUUUUAUGUAUCAACUGGGAUUUGAAUGCCUAGAUUAUGAUCUCGAAUGGUUUCCUUUCGUUUCAAAGAGUCAAUUUGAACUCCUGACUUUG